AAACAUUUACGUACAGGGCUUGUGUGAAGAAAAAAAAAUCAACACGAAACAAUAUCAAUAACUUGAACAAGUUGCUGGAUUUCCCCUGAGAUUUGCGCCAUCGAUGGUGAUCAGAUUUUGAAAGCGAAAUUGAUUGAACACCGCCUGCGCCUGCCGGUGCCAAUUUUGGUGGUCCCAUUCCAUUCGUCUCUGUUCCACCCAACCUCUCCAUCGCUAUAAAUCAUAAAUCUCCCCGGAAUCAGAUCACAUCAACGCACAAGUUUAGGGUUCAGCCGGUUGAUAUAAAGUUUCAGGAAAUUACAGUGGCGGAAAUCGACGGAGAUUCUCAUAAUGUCGGAAAUCUUACAGAUCUUCCAACACUCUCCACCACCACACGUUAAAUUCCAUGGCCAUGAGUUUAACUGCUCGAUGGAUUCCGGUCUUCCCUCGCCUGGCAUCACCGAUCAUUUUCAGUGUUCAGAGUUCGCCGGAAGUCCUUUCACCAACUUCUUGAGUUCGUCGGUUGAUGAAUUAUCGAAGGUGACCACCAUCAUUGGGCAGAAUCAGAACUUGAACAAGAGAAAACUUGAGUUUGAUGAUGAUGUAGAAGUGGACUCUCAAAAGCAAAGAAUACCCAACAUUAAGACAAACACUUGUAAUGGCAACUCAAAGCCAAAAAGGGAUUUGAGGAGCGAUUACAUUCAUGUGAGGGCUCGUCGUGGAGAAGCUACAGAUAACCAUAGCUUAGCUGAAAGAGCAAGAAGGGAGAAAAUAAAAAAGAGAAUGCAAUUUUUGCAAGAUAUGGUUCCAGGGUGCAACAAACUCACCAACAAGGCAGCAAUUCUUGAUGAAAUUAUUACUUAUGUUCAAUGCCUUCAAAUGGAAGUUGAGUUGCUAACCAUGCAACUUGCUGUUUCAACCACAACUCCUACACUUCAAGAUGGACAACUCAUUGCCUAAACAGAGAUGUUGAGUCUGACUCAGUAGAUAUGACUCAAUCAGCAACUAUUAAACAUCCACUUAAUCAGAAUUAAGCAUUUUAUAUAGUGUCUUAAUAGCUAUAUCAUAUUGCCUAAACAGAGGAAUUUUGGUAGAAGGAUCAGAGACCCUGUUUUUUUGUCCACGUUCCAACUUAAGGAGGCUUACUUAGUACUUAUUACUUAUUACUUAUUACUUAACCUUGUUUCUCAUUGUUUACCCAAACAUUAUUCAAUCAUUUGUUUCAAUAAAACAUAUAUAUUAAAUGAGAUUAAAUAUAAAUAACACCAAUUCAUAUAUGUAUGUCAUGACUACAAUGUCAUUCUCAUAAU